GCUACACCGACCGAGCCAACCUGCCGAUCCGGUCCGGCCCAUCUCUUCCCCUGGCCCUCCUGCGCAGCCGCGGCCCCAGCUCCCUCUCUCUCUCUCCCACCGGCGGCGCAGGUUGGUCGGCACUCGGCAGGUAGCGGUCGGCGGCGUCGGAAGCGAGAUGAGAGCCGGCGUCGGCGUUGGCGUUGGCGUCGGCGUCGGCGGGAGCGCGGGCGCGGUGUUCUACGCGGACAAGUACCACCCGAUCCAGGCGGGCAGCAUCGACGGCACGGACGUCGCCCCCCACGACAACGCCGUCCUCCGCGCCCUCCUCUGCUCCACCGCCGGCCUAUAUGAUCCGUUCGGGGACCCCAAGGCCGCCGGCGACCCCUACUGCACGGUCUUCGUCGGCCACCUCUCCCGCCUCACCGACGACGACACGGUCCGGAAGGCCAUGAGCAGGUACGGGAAAGUGAAGAGCAUGCGGCUGGUGCGGGAUAUUGUUACUGGUGCUUCCCGCGGGUAUGCGUUUGUAGAGUAUGAAACAGACAAAGAGAUGCGCCGUGCCUAUGAGGAUGCACACCACUCCAUUAUCGAUGGCAGCGAAGUGAUUGUAGACUACUAUAGGCAGCAACUUAUGCCUGGAUGGAUACCAAGGAGGCUAGGAGGAGGACUUGGAGGAAAGAAAGAGUCUGGCCAGCUUCGAUUUGGAGGCCGAGAGAGGCCGUUUCGUGCUCCCUUGCGACCUAUUCCUUAUGAUGAACUCAAAAAGCUCGGGAUCCCACCGCCACCUGAGGGCCGGUAUAUGACACGUUUUGAGGUUCCCCUCCCACCGAGACGAAAAGGAGGCAAUGUUGAUAGGGAAGAGUCGCCAUCUCCCAGGAGAAGAUCCAACGAUAGGGCUGAUAGCACAUACAGAAGGCAGAGAAGUCCAAUUGAAGACGAAGGCAGCCCGCGCAGGCGCAAAAGCAGCCAUGACCACAGGGAAGAAUCACAAAGGAGGAUAAGGUCAUCUAGAGAGGCAAGCACCUACAACAGGCAGAGAAGCCCAACUGAAGGCGGCAGUGACCAUCACAAGCAAAAAAAACAACGAGAGCAGGGAGAUACCAGCAGCUAUGAUAGGCAUGUAAGCCCAGCCAAAGACGACGGCGAUCAUCACCGCAAGCGAAGAAGAAGCCGAGAGGCUGGAGAUAUCAGGAGGAGCCACGGUAGGCGGAGAAGCCCAACGGAGGACGACGGCGAUCGCCGCAAGCGAAGGAAAAGCCGUGAGCCUGGAGAUACCAGCAGGCACAGAAGCCAAGCCGAAUACGACGGCGGCGGUCAUCGGAAGCGGAGGAAGAGCCGAGAGCCGGGAGAGGUGUCUCCUGGCACGGAGGAUGGCAGCGUCAGAAGAGGAGGAACCUCCACCGAAGCCGGCCCCAGCCCUCGUCGUCGAUCUCAUCGGGAGCAGAGGCAUCACGGUGGCAGCAGCCAUUUCCGCCACGGUGACCAUGCUCGCUCCAGGAGAUCCGAGAGCCGAGAUUAUAGCCAGUAAGAUGUCUGCCGUUUUCGCCGUCUGGAAACUCGUGGAUCUCUGGCCUACGUACUGCUCGCUUCAUUUGACGAGGUUCGUCGCCGUCAUGUGUAGGCUCUGUUCAGUUGGUUCUUGAGCAGUUGGGAUAGUUGUAAUUCUAUCUCUGAUAAAUUAUCUGGUGCUAGUUGUACACUUGUACUCUACUGUAGUUUAGGUUGCUGCACCAGCUGUAAGUAUAGCACGCAACGCAAUAUUAUGAAUGGAUCUUGGUAUAGACGGUGCUUCAAUAAUUUUGAUUUGCUGA